AUGCAUUCUGCUUUCCUCAAUGUGUUAUUCUUGCUUUCAAUGGUCUGCCCAAGGGUACAACCAACGUCAGCAUCGGCCUUCACUAAACCUAGCUGCCAAAGAACAUGUGGAAAGCUAGAAAUUCCAUACCCAUUUGGCAUUGGAAUCGGGUCAAAUUGUUCAAUAAGUAGCCCAUGGUUUGAUAUCAGGUGCAGGGAAGGAUAUGAAGGCAAUCCUCAUCUCGCUCCUGGAUGCCACGAUAUCGAUGAAUGCAACAAUUAUCCGUGCCACUCAAAUGGGAUAUGCUAUAAUACUCCGGGUUCUUAUAAUUGUUCAUGUCACGAUGGUUAUUCUGGCGAUGGCAAGAGAAAUGGUAGCGGCUGUUUUCAAGUGCCGGGGUCCAAGAAUAAAGUGGCUAUAGGAGUAGGUUUGGGAUCUGGAAUGGGAUUGAUAUUGCUAUUAUCAACUUGCUUUUGGUUGAAAAUGUUUGUAAAAGAUGGGUUGGUGGUGAGGGAAAGCGGUGGUGGAGAUGGCCGGGGUGGUUGUGGUGGUGAUGACAGUGGCAGUGAGAUGGGGCAUAGAUCUGGUGGUGGUCUGGUGGUUCAGAGCAGUGGUGGUUGUGUUUAUGGCCGCAAUGCAGUGGUGGUGGUAGUCUGGUGUGGCGGAACAAUUAAUGUUAUUCGUAGUGGGGUCAGCAGCCGCGGUGACAGUAGAAAUAGGCAGUGA